CAGUGACUGUCCCCGCUGCCCGAACCGCAGUGCUCAGCUGCGGCGGCCAGAACUGCAGCGUGCGUUGCUGGAGGAGCCGGUCCCUCGGCCCCGGCGAGCUCCUUGGCGCAGCUGUUUUGUCCAGGAGCUCGAGGGGCAGGGAGUCAUCCUGAGGAGGCGCCGCGGAGAGAAGCGGCGGCUGCUGUUGGAGGAGGGUAUAGCUUUUUCAUCUAGAGGACUAUUUGGUUGAAAGAAUAACAUCUCCAGAGGACCCCUGCUGUGUAGGCAGACUUGGGUGAAUGAGAUUUGUUCCUUUACCUUUAUAAGUUCCUGUCGAAAUCUGUGAGUCACUGUUCACUACAAAAACUGUCUGUUGGAAACCUAGAUCCACCUGUGAUUUGGCUAUAGGGCUUAUCAGCACGGACCAGAAGGAAGGAGGAGAAAGUUGCAGGUCCUUUUCUAGUGGUGGCUGUGGUGACCUUGGAGUGGCAGAUCAUCACCUUCAACAGAUCUGCACUCAGAAACUGUCUCUUCUCCCAGCCUGGUGCUUCUGCCCUCUGUGUCAUUGACAGAGGCAAGUGUUUGCAAAGGGGUCUGUGUGACUGCUGAACUGACAAUUGAUUCUUAACUCUUAUUGCCAAGGUUGUCUCUGACAAAGAAAAGAGUGUUAAGACAUUGAUCUGGACACAUUGAGAACCAAGACCAAGACUGUGUAACUGGGCUUCAACCAUGGCUGGGUCUAAGAAUGGGCGUAGAAACAAGGCCAAAAGUGGCAAACGGUCUGGUGCACAAGCUGAAGGAGAGAGGGCGGCCACUGGUGUAGUUAAAUCUGUAGGCAGGAACCAAGCUAAAUCAACAGCCAAGUCAGGAUCUCAGCCAAAGGCAGGGGCAGAGAUGAAGGCAGUAUCUAAGAACAAGAUUGUUCCUGAGAAGAAGAAAGGGGCCCCUGCAGAGACCACUCCCAAAUUUCAGGACGAGGCCACUAAAAUGUCCCGGGUUUGCUCUGUGCCUGAGACCCGUACUGAGUCCAGGUGGACACGUAAAGACAAGACUGGUAUUGAUACCUGGUUCUGGGCUGGGGAAGAGACCAGUGUUGGUUCCUGGUUCUGGAAUGGAGAAGAGGCAGGUAAUUGUGCCAAUGUUAAGAAUGAAGGUAAAGCUAAGGAUAUUGGUCCCCUGUCCUGUGUUGCAAAGUCGGAACCUGUGGUGGGCGCCAGCUACAAGGCUAAGCCAGGAGCGGAGGAGGAAGAAGAGGAGAAUGUUAUCGGCAACUGGUUUUGGGAUGGAGAUGAAACUAGUUUUGAUCCUAAUCCUAAACCUGUGAGCAGGAUAAUUAAGCCCCAGCCUGUGGAUGAAAUUAAUGAAAAAAAUAGGCCUAAAGACUGGUCUGAGGUAACAAUCUGGCCUAAAGCCCCUGCUGUAACUCCAGCAGUGUUGGGAUUUAGGUCCCAAAUCCCAUCUGAGAUAAAGCCACCUUCUUAUAUUGUCCUGGCCUCAGCUGAGGAAAACACUCACUCUUUGCCUGCAGCAGCAGCAGCAGCAGCAGCAGCAGCAGCGCCAACACCAAUGCCAAUACCGUGCUCUUCUAGGAGCACCCCAUCAGGCGCGCAGUCUGCCCCUGAGCACCCAUUUGGUUCUGACCCUUGCAUCCAGACCAUAGAGGAGAUCAGACGCCAGAUUAGGAUCAGGGAGGUGAAUGGGAUUAAACCAUUUGCUUGCCCUUGCAAAAUGGAAUGCUACAUGAAUUCAGAGGAAUUUGAAAAACUUGUUACCUUACUUAAGUCCACUACUGAUCCUCUCAUUCAUAAAAUAGCGCAAAUUGCAAUGGGCAUCAUUAAUGUCCAUCCAUUUGCCCAAGAAUUCAUCAAUGAGGUGGGUGUAGUGACACUCAUUGAAAGUUUGCUCAGUUUUCCUUCCUCUGAAAUGAGAAAAAAGGCUGUGAUUACUCUGAAUCCCCCUUCGGGUGAUGAAAGACAGCGCAAAGUUGAAUUACAUGUUAAGCAUAUGUGUAAGGAGACCAUGUCUUUUCCCUUGAACUCACCAGGACAGCAGUCUGGAUUAAAGAUACUAGGGCAGCUGAGUACUAAUUCUAACCAUCACCACAUCGUUGCCAAUUACUUCUCAGAACUUUUCCAUUUGCUAUCCCAGGGAAAUCGUAAAACCAGAAAUCUUGUUUUGAAAGUACUUUUGAAUAUGUCUGAAAAUCCAGCUGCAGCCAGAGAUAUGAUCAACGCAGAGGCAUUAGCAGCAUUAAAACUUAUCUUUAACCAGAAGGAGGCAAAGGCCAAUCUUGUCAGUGCGGUGGCCAUAUUUAUUAACAUAAAGGAGCAUAUCAGAAAGGGCUCAAUUGUAGUUGUUGAUCACUCGAGUUAUAAUACUCUCAUGGCCAUCUUCCGGGAAGUCAAAGUGAUUAUUGAAACAAUGUGAAGUGAGCCAGAAAUAAGAGAGAACACUUUAACCAAUCUCCGAACUGCAGUAGGGUGUCAAUUCCAAAAGCGCUUUGCAUAAUGUUUUGAUUAUUACAGUGUGCACAUUACAAAUUACACCUUUCACACAAUAUUACCUGUGACAGUUCUGAGCUUUAAACUAGAUGAUUUCGAGGCUAUCAAAUGAGUACUACAUUGUGAGAUGAAUGUAUCUGUUGACUUUUUACCUUGUGUAGGUUAGAAGCAUUUUAAUAUUGUACUUCGGAAGAUAGUGAACCAGUUCAUCAAAAGUAAGCUAACUUUGUUUAUUAGUACUUGCUUAGAUGCAUUUGUGGCUUCAAACGGCAUACAAAGAAAAUACACUUGAAUAUAUAUGUUUAAUCUAGCUGCAGAAAUAAGACAUAUAUACACAAAAAGAUGACUAACAGUGCUUAGGUAUAUACGUACGCAUCACACUGCCAGUGGUUCACUCAGCGUGCAAGAGGUAGACAUUGCUGUAUGGUGUUUAAUGCAAAAGGUAUUACUGUUUUUCCCCUAUUCGACCUACAUCAGUCAGCUCAUUCUACAACACAACAAUGGCCCUGAAUCUCAGAUAACAUGUAAGGCUCAUUUUUCUUACCAUUACAUCGAUAGCUUAAAUUGUUCGGCUAUUUUAUCUAUGUCACAGUCAUUUCAUGGAAGAGAAAAGUGGUAGAUUUAUGGAGGAAUCGUUUCCUGAGUACCUGCUCUGAUGUCACAUACUAUUGGUACUAUAUUUUGCAUGUUUUUUUUCCUCUCUCACAAUUACCCUGGGUUGGGAACUGGCAUCUUUUUUUAUAAUUACAGCUUGUACUGGGUGACUUCAAUGAGAAUUAGGUAAGUUAAGUAUUUUGCUCAUUCACACAGCAAGCAGAUGGCAUAGCUGUUGUGUCUGACACCAGAACCCACUCUUGAACAGCAGUCUUCAAGGCUCAGAUACUUUUAUCUUAAUGAUUUUGUUUUGCUGUAGAUAAUGUCCCUGCCAGGACUUAAAAUUCUUAAUGUCCUCCAAAUGCACGUGUCCAUUACGCAUUUGCUGACUGGGACUUGGGAUAUAUCUGGGACGAGUAUAUGGAUUUGACCUGGCAGUAUCUGACAAAGAGUAGGCGCCCCAAACUUGACUAAGACAGAUUUGGAAUCGUCAGAAGUGAAACUCACUUACAUAGCUUUCCUACUUUUUUCAAUCCCAAUUCGCUGUUUUUUGUUUUUGUUUUUGUUUUUUGUUUUUUGGCCAAAGAACUGGAAUCAUUUUAUACAUUGUUUCAUACAUUGCUUUUUAAAAGACAAUGGCUUCUACCGUUGGAACUCAGACCUUGACUUUUUUUGACUAAUAUUUAUUCUCUUGUGUCAUAUGUAAAGGGCUUUACCUUUUACUAGUAGGCUAGCCCACUUUGUGCAUUUGUACCAGCUAAAACUGUACAAGAUAAAUUCAUUGGAGAAAUUUAGAUCUAGAACUGCAGCUUCAUCAGUACAGAAGAGUUAGGAGAGAAGCUGCUGCCUUAUCUCCGUGAUGGUGAUUCUUAGAAGUCUGCUUCCCACAGAAAGCAUUGCCAGGCCUCGGGCGCUGGCUGUGUUUUCUAGGACUCUCGAGAAUUACAACACCUGGUCUGAACUGGAGAGACCGUCUUAGUGUGUGAAAAAUACUGGGUUAUACGCUUUGAGAUUUCUAAGAAGUUACACAAGAUCAUGUUGUAAAUACUCUUUGUAACUUGCUUUCCACCCGGUAACUGUAUAUUGUGAACAUCUUUCUAUGUCAAUAAAUUGGCUUCUAAAAUGAAUUUUGAAUCACUGCUUUUUCUGGGUUAAAAUUUGGUAUCUAGUAUGCUAAUCAUUGCAUAUCUUGAAAAUGAGCACAAAUUUAUUAUUUUGCAAAAAUAGGACUAUAGU